AAACAUUUUUUUUUCAAGGAAUGUAUUGAUAUUGAUAUUUGAAACAGUAUAAAAGCAGUUGAAAAGCACACAUCACCAUCAGUUAAUUUUCAGCUCUAAUCGAAAAUUUCACUAUGAAUAAGUGGGUUGCAAUUUACUUCCUCUCAGCAGUGGCCAUGGCUGUCAACGGCCAGGAGCAAAACGCUUUCUUAGAUUGUGCAACUGGACAAUUUAAGAAUAUCUUUGAUAGCAUCACCUACAUUGAAGGCAGCAAGAAAUGCGUCGCAGGUAAUGAUGAUAUCAUCAACUUUAUUAACUCCAUUGAAGAGAAGAUUCAGAAGACCAAAGCCUUCUACGAUGAGGAAGCCGAUUCAGUUGAGAAAUAUGAUGCACUCCUGAAGGACCUCGAGGGUGUUAUGGAUGAAAACAAGAAAUUGGAAUCCAAGGUCUCCGAAAUGGGUGAUGAAGUUACAGCUUGUAUUGCUGCUGAAGUCCAAAAGGCCACCAAUCGCAUUACCAAUGCUUUGGCUUGCAGAGAAAAGAAGGAAUAAGUUUCAAUUUUGAUUCUGAGCUAAAUAAAGUAUGAGCAUUCAA